AUGGCUGGUCAGCCCUCUGGAAGAACCCGCAUGUCUGACGACAACCUCAUGAAGAUCUAUGGAGGUCUGCGUCAAAGCCUUCCUCCCUGCUUGUGCAUCACAGCUCUUUUCACAGGUCUGGUGGCGUCAGGCUGUGGCUGUGGGGCUACAUCCAUUGUCUACAGAUGCAGGCAGAAAGGGACCCAGAAACCUUACGCCGUCAAAAUGUUGAAGAAGACAGUAGACAAGAAAAUUGUCCGCACAGAAAUUGGAGUUCUUCUUCGCCUUUCGCAUCCCAACAUUAUAAAACUGAAGGAGAUAUUUGAGACCCCUACAGAAAUCAGUCUUGUUCUGGAACUGGUCACAGGUGGAGAACUAUUUGACAGGAUUGUGGAAAAGGGUUACUACAGUGAACGAGAUGCUGCUGAUGCUGUUAAACAAAUCCUGGAGGCGGUCGCUUACCUGCAUGCAAAUGGGAUUGUGCAUCGUGACUUGAAGCCAGAAAACCUACUCUAUGCAACGCCAGCACCAGAUGCACCACUAAAAAUUGCUGACUUUGGACUUUCCAAGAUUGUGGAGGACCAGGUGACCAUGAAGACAGUUUGUGGAACUCCAGGGUACUGUGCUCCAGAGAUACUACGAGGAUGUGCCUACGGCCCUGAGGUGGACAUGUGGUCUCUGGGCAUUAUUACCUACAUACUACUUUGUGGCUUUGAACCAUUUUAUGAUGAAAGGGGAGAUCAGUACAUGUUUAAGAGAAUCCUGAACUGUGAAUAUGACUUUGUGUCCCCCUGGUGGGAUGAUGUGUCUCUGAAUGCCAAGGAUUUAGUUAAAAAGUUGAUUGUUUUAGACCCCAAGAAACGCCUCACCACUCUACAGGCUUUGCAGCACCCAUGGGUCACAGGGAAGGCAGCAAACUUUGCACAUAUGGACAAUGCACAAAAGAAACUUCAAGAAUUCAAUGCCCGGCGUAAACUUAAGGCUGCAGUAAAAGCUGUGGUGGCAUCAACUCGCCUCGGCAGCGCCAGUGGUCACAGCACUCAUGACAGCAACAAGCCCAGCCGAAACCCAUCUCCCGUCCAUGAUGGCAAACCCGAAGAGAAACCCACUCAGGAAGCAGAAGCAGCUCCAGAAGAAAUGUCUUAGGUCAAUGUGCUUCCUUGUUUCAGCUGAGAUCUGUCAUGUCAUACACCAGCUAACUUGUCAUUCAGCAGCAGAGAUUCGUAAG